AUGCAUGGAAGUGAUACAGGUGCAUACGACGCUGAAGGAAGGUUUGUUCCUGCAAAGUUUGAAGAAAUAUUCACAAAGCAUGCAAAGGUCAGGCCAGAUGCGUUAACGUCUGAGGAGAUUGAGGAGAUGAUUCUAGCAAAUCGAGAUCCGUUAGACCCCCAAUCAUGGUCUGCACCUGAAGCAGAAUGGGGAUUGACAUACAAGCUUGCAAGUGAUAAGCAAGGAUUCCUUCACAAGGACUCUGCAAGAGGCAUAUAUGAUGGAAGUGCCGCGGUGAGUGUGAGGGCACUACCUGACGGUGGUAGCUCCAACUCCAACAUGACAGAACUCCAGAUGCAUGUGUCAUUCUUCGACAGGAACAAAGAUGGCAUUCUCACUCCUUUUGAAACUUUCCAAGGAUUUGUUGCUAUCGGAUGUGAAAUUGCCUUCUCCACCGCGGCUGCAUCAACAAUUCAUACUGCUCUCGCUCCUUUAACCAACCCUCCUGGUGCACUGCCACCUUACGUAAAUAUCUACGUGGAGUACAUCCACAAAGCGAUUCAUGGAAGCGACACCGGUGCCUAUGAUUCCAAAGGAAGGUUUGUCCAGGAAAAAUUUGACGAAAUAUUUACGAAGCAUGCUCAUAUCAGAAAAGACGCCUUGUCGCUCUUGGAGGUAGAAGAGAUGCUCACAUUCAACCGGGAUGUUCUUGAUCCUGCAUCAUGGGCUGCGGCUGAGGCCGAGUGGCAGCUGAUCUACCAGCUAGCCCACGACAGGUAUGGGUUUCUUACCAAGGAACGCGCGAGGGGCAUCUACAACGGGAACAUCUUUGUUGAGCUUGAGGAACGCAGCAGGAGACCUCUUCACAGCAACGCAUGA